AUAUCAAGUUAAUGUCUUUACUUUAAUUUUUGCACCUUCACAUACUAGUCAUGUAGUACUUCAUAAACGUAAAAGCCACGCUACGUGGACAGAGGGACUGUGUCGUGCUUCGGCUGUGCAUCAGUUUCAGUGGGUCGUUCUUCGGCUGUAUAAAUGAGGCGUGUCUUCUGAGGGGAGAGUGGUUCAAAGACCGGUGUAAAAGCGGUGCCGUGUGUCUCUUUCUGGCAGUGGAUUAUGUUGGUGGUGUCUGCACGAAUGUCAAGUUAACAUCUUCUUUUUGGACGUUGAAUGCUUUCGGAAUAUACGCCUUUGGAAAUUAAAUCUGAACUUUGUGAGAAGAUGGAUAACAAGGAAGCAAAGAGUUGUGCCAGCAGUGUCCUCUCCUGGGAGCAGGUGAGCCGGCUGAAUGAAGUCCUGACAGAGGUUGUGCCUGUUCAUGGCCGGGGGAACUUCCCUACUUUAGAGGUGCGAUUGAAAGACAUUGUGGCGCGGGUGCGCUCCCGUCUGGAGCAGAGUGGUAUCAGAGUAAAGGACGUACGGCUCAACGGCUCGACAGCCAGCCAUGUGCUGGUGCAGGAUAUCGGCUGGAGCUACAAGGAUCUGGACGUCAUCUUCCGGGUGGACCUGCCGCAUGAAGCAGAGUUCAGGCUCAUUAAGGACGUGGUGCUGGGUACCCUGCUGGACUUUCUGCCUGAGGGUGUGAACAAAGAGAAAAUCACACCCAUGACUCUCAAAGAGGCCUAUGUCCAGAAGCUGGUGAAGGUUAACACAGAGCAGGACCGCUGGAGUCUCAUCUCCCUCUCCAACAACAACGGCCGCAAUGUGGAGCUGAAGUUUGUGGAUUCGAUACGCCGGCAGUUUGAGUUCAGUGUGGACUCCUUUCAGAUUGUGCUGGACUCUGUACUUGCCUAUUAUGAACUGGCAAAGACACCCAUGUCGCAGGCCUUUCACCCUACUGUGAGUGGGGAGAGCAUGUAUGGAGACUUCAGCAUGGCACUUAGCCACCUGCGGAACAAGCUCAUCGCCACCAAGCGGCCCGAGGAGAUCCGAGGUGGCGGCCUGCUGAAAUACUGCAAUCUUCUGGUGCGGGACUUUCGACCUGCCAGCGAGGAGGAGUUCAAGGGCCUGGAGCGGUACAUGUGUUCACGCUUCUUCAUUGACUUCCCUGACAUCGGUGAGCAGCAGCGCAAAGUUGAAGCCUACCUCCAGAGCCACUUUAUAGGUGAGGAGAAGAGCAAGUACGACUACCUCAUGAUCCUGCGGCGAGUGGUCAACGAGAGCACAGUGUGCCUCAUGGGCCACGAGCGACGGCAGACCCUCCACCUCAUCUCACUGAUGGCCUUCCGAGUGCUGGCAGAGCAGAAUGCCAUCCCCGAUGCGUCCUGUGUCACCUGCUACUAUCAGCCAGCGCCCUAUGUCCGAGACCACAACUUCAGCAACUACUAUGUGGCUAACCAGAACAUUCCAACAUGGCUGCCGUGUAACUGACAAAACAAACAAGUGGAAGGACGUACAAGAGAGGACUGCCGCUGCUGCUUUUGAGCAGAGAGAAGGAAUAAAAUAAAAACAAAAACUCCCAAAAAAUUUAAUAUUAAGGCAAUAAAUGAUUUGUUCCUCACAAGGCACAAAUGACUAUAUUUAAGUGGACAAGUGUUUUGCUUUGUUUUUUGGAAUCCUUUCUCAUUCCUUAUCUACAGAGGCGUCUAGGUCAUUGAAUAGAAAGUGAUAUUUUUAAGUGUUAUUUAGAUUUUUUUUUUUUCUCAUCUUUGUUUGUUUCCUUGUUUAUCAGCCUUACUCUUAAAGAAGUUGUGUUUUGUGCCUUAACCUCCAGGUUUACCCCCCCCUCCUCCCCAUAAGUUAUAAGUAAGUAAUGGGCUAUGUUUUGAAGAAAGGGAAGAAAAUGAUAUAGCCUUCAAUUUGGUUUUCUCCUGUUAUUUAAAAAUGUAAAAAGGCAGAAAAAAAAAACAUUAAAAUAUGUAAAAAUGGUAUUAUUGGGGAAGAGGUAAUGUAAUAGGUGAUGGCCAAAAAAAAAAAAAAAAGCAGAGCACAGGUGUUUAAAAGUUUAGUUCGCUGGGCAGGGAAGAGUGGUGGUACACUAAUAACUUUAGUCAUAUCAGCAAUGAAGGGCAAACGAGAAGAGUCAAUUUGUUUUAAUUCAUUUUGACAUGUAAAUAUCUCUCACAGGCAUUUGUGCUCUCCAUAAUAUGCCGGCAGUGCCUGUGAUUUGUACUCAAUGCAAGAGAAACUGUGUGUAUUUUUAUUUCAUUUUCCACUGUGAAUUUCAGUGUAGGACGAGCCCCCCCUCACCCACUUUAUAUCCAUUUUGCUCAGUCCUGUACUGUUAUGUCAAGACUGGCUUCGAGUGGAAAUCUGCAGCGAGGCAGUUUAGGCUUCAGAUAGACUGCCUCUGAGAAGUUUACUUUCCCUGUUUUUAAGUCCCUUCCGAAGCCUCACCAGUGACCACCAGAUGUCACAGUCUUCUGGCUAUUGUGGGAGGCUGACAAACAGGACAGAAUGGACACGAGCCCAUUGAGAGAAUGUGGCUAGCCUCGUUGCCUGGAGAGAGAGCUGGCUGGGAGUCCUGGAGUGACAGGCUGACUGGACUGGCUGUCCAUUCCUUAAAAGGAGCAGCACAUGGUGGGCCCACAGGGUCAUCCCUCACAACCAUUGUAGGCUCGACAGCAGCCCUGAAAUGGGAUCCUCCUCUGACGCAGCUCAGCGACUGGCUCUCAACUACAGGCUGUCUAUAAUUAUCCUUUUUCUUUUUUCCUGGGGGAGGUACUGUCAGGGCGGGGAACUAGGGACGGGUGUGCAAGCAGCAGCGCCGCCACCUUACAUGUGUGGGAGCUGAAUCACUUCCUGUACUCUCCUAUCCAGUGCAGCGGACCACGCAGUGUUUGAACCCCAUUUGUGGUCAUGGAAGGAUAGACACCAGGGAGCGCGAGUGGUAUGUUAAGAGAAAUGCCAGCAUGUCUGCUAGAGGGAUACCACUCCCCUUUCAGACUUGGAUUCUGAUUUAUCACUGAAGCUACAAAUGACUUGAGCCACAAGGCCAUCACCCCCCCACCCACCCUCCACUAGUGGUGACAGCGUUGCCCCCAAACCUAUGAAUUUCUAAUUUCAGCCAAGCCUAUUAUUAGCUGUUAAUUUUGAACAUUUGCAGUGUGGCAUUACUAGCAGAUGGGCUAAGCUGUGAUUUAGACCCGUCAUCUCUCCUCUCCUCUUUUGCUGACAUCAUAGCAUCCAUGUUUGAGAGGAGAAAAGUUGCUCUUAAAUUUCUUAUGCAAGUGGCAGCUGCUGUGCUUACCCCCCUCACCCCUCUGUUUCUCAGAAGCCUUCACCAUUUCCUGCUCACUACAUUGCUGCUGCUGCUCAUCUCACUGUGGCUCGUGUUUGUACCAGAUAACCAGAAAUGUCUCUUAUCUGGCUGGCUCACAGCUCCUGGCUGGUUAGAGAAUUGUUAGAGGAAGGUCAGCUCGGCCUCUUCUGCAGGUCACACCCCGUGGUCAGGCCAUGUUGUGCUGGCUCAGCUGCUGAGCUUUGGUAUUGGAACUGCUUUAGUGUUUUUAACAACUGAGGUGCCACACACUGUCUCUCUCUGGACCAAAGUAUGCUAUAAAACCAGCAACUGAAGCACUCAAGUGCCUUUCACUUUUUGGAGAGUGAGUUAGCUUUUUAAAGGUUUUUUUAAAUUGUGAUCAGGAGGGAAAGGGUUAGCAUAAUUCUUUUCUUUUCAGCCCCUUUAAACCCUGUGAAACUGACUUGAUACAACACGCUGUAUUGGAAAGUAGUUUAUGGGAGAAUUCAUACAGUCUUCGGUGGGGGAGCAAAAUACUUUUGGUUUGAAUUCAAAAUGAGUUUAUUUAUUUUAUUUUUCUUUUAUCAUAUUUUUUCCCUUUAGUUUUUUUUUCUUUUAGUUUCAGUCCCAAACAAUAUUUUUCCUUGAAACCCAUCUGUCUAGUCAUUCCUGUAACAGUCUCAGUCGUUUCAUUAUACUCCUUUCUUGUCUUUUCCUGCCAUCAGUAUUGGCCUUGUCGUCAUGUUGACUUCAGUCUCCCCCGAACGCCUUUUGAAAUCCAACUGAUUUAUUCCGAUUUUCUCAUCAUACUCUAUGUAUUUAUACCGUCAAUUUAAAUGGGCUGCCUAGCUCUACCUGCUCCAAAGUAACCAGGCUAAAUUUGUUGUGCUGACAGUUCUGUCCCCAUCCAAACCAAAAUACUACCUGAAGUUCACUGACGAGCUGUACUGUGGCACAGUAGCUGGAGGUCACCCAGUACAGACCCCAUAAUAACAGAAGCACUUUAAAGAGGCCUUGUUUUACUCCAAACCCAGCCACCUGAGAGGAAUGUAAAUAAGCUAAUGUGGUCAAUUGCUGAAUGGAGUUGAGCUGGUUCUCAGGGAUAUAAUGUGUUUUUGAGGGCUUUGUUUUUUUUUCCCUUUUUUUUUUUUUUUUUUUUUUUUUUUUUUUUGGGAAGGUGAAUUGGUUUAAACUGCCCUUGACACUGAGACGUCUCCUCCUGAUAGUUGCCUUAAUUUAGUCUUUUCUUCACUCUGUAUUGUAACUCUGACUCUCCCUCUUCACGCCCGUUCUACAGGUUCUUAUUAGAUCAUGCCUUAAGUUGGAGGUAGCCAGCAGGCUUCAGCUUGCUACAGCAUUACAGCAGCGCUGGGUUUUUAUCUGUGCAUCCAUUUGUUCUGAGACUUUUAUCAUCACUCAAUGAAUAGCCCCCUCCAAGUUUAGUGCUGACAACUGGAUUUAUCUCCAUACUCUUACCCUAAGAUGAUCUUUGCCUUGUUUAAAAGCCAAGGGACAAAACUUUGUCCAAGUGCUAAAAGCCCAAAAAAAUGGCAGCCUCAAGUCUCUCAAUCAUUCCCCAGUUUGUUUAUGUUCUCUGAGUGAUGAUAACUUGGUUUCUGGAGCUUGGAGGCACAUUCAAAGCCAGCAGCCCGGCGAUGCUGCCGCUCACAGUUGCAGGAUGAAGUCUGCUGACCACGGUGAGGACUAGUCUCUUCUUGGGCUUCUUUUUGGCAUCGCCCGCUAAAAGUAGUUGCGAGCGAGGUCAAAGAAAACGCAGCAAACAGAAGUUUGCGUUUUCUAGACUUAGUUUAUGGUGAAUGUAGCCUGGCAUGUAAAUCCUCUGCAUGUUUGCUUCCGUUCACCUUAACCCUACCUUCACGUGUUUACGGUUAUUGUGGCUUUUUUUUCUGACGACUGAAAACAUGUGCCUGUUAACGAAAGCUUUACCGUCCCCAUGAUGAUGAGAGUGGGGUACAGCAGGGCUCAGGCUAAAUCACUUCCUUCGUCAGGGUUGAUGUAUGUAUGAGAUGUAUGAACUUUUUUUGUGAAGAACAAUGUGGAGAAAAAAAAAAGUGAGGAUGAAGUGUAUUUUGCCUUUUUUUUUCUUUUUUUUUUUUUCUUUCUUUCUCGCCCCCACUUUUUUUUCUGCUGUAAACUUGUCAGUGUUAUGAUCCUCCUGCUUCUCUCAUUCACCUUGCCUUUGGUCGUCCCAUUUGUUUGGGCCUUUGUUUAUUAGUGCAUGGUGUUUUUAUUUAUGACACCUGUAGAUGUAUUCUUUGCUCGAGGGGGUGCAGAGAAAGCAGAGGAUUAGUUAUUUAGUGGUUAUGCUUGUCUUAAGUACAAGUCUUACAUCAUGGGAAUGUGAUGGAGGCCGUCUGGAAGUUCUCCUGCAGUUUCUAUAUGAAGAGUUGUGAAUUUUUUUUUUUUUUUUGCAGCAGAUUUGUGUUUACGUUAAUGCGUGGAGGUGUGUGUGCUCGUUUGCAUGUGUGUAUGAGGGGAUGCCUGUGGAUACAACUUUAAAAAGUGGGGAGAAAUAUGAAAUUUGUCGCACUAUACAUUAUUUUUGAAAUAGUUAAUACAUAAGAGCUUUUUUGUCAGCUUCGUGAUUGUGACGAUGAUUUUGAUGGUUACAACCAUUGUACUAUUUCAUUUUUCAGCACUUUUACCUCACUUGAGUUUUUCCUUUUGAAUGGAAAUGUACAUGUACAUCAGGAAAAUGUGUUUGAAGAGGAAAUAAUGAAUAAAGACAUUAAAUGCAA